AGGCCUCACGAGUCGAACGCGGAACUAGCGAGCAGGCGUAGGCCCGCGCGGGGCUGCUGCUCGGCAGGCCCGGCCUGGCCUUGGGCCCCGGGCCUCGCAGCCGGGGAGUCUGCGCCUGCGCGGGUCCGGCCGCUGCCCGCUCUCCCGGCGCGGCGGCGGUCCCAGCUGCAGCGCGCCGCCGGGGUGGCCGGGCGGCCCAUGGGCAGCGGCGAGGGCCACGAUGACAGAUUACGGCGAGGAGCAGCGCAACGAGCUGGAGGCUCUGGAGUCCAUCUACCCCGACUCCUUCACAGGCAGAUGUCUCUCAGCUACCCCUGUAUAGCUCCAGUCCUGUUCAUGUUCUCUCUCACCAGCAGUACAGCUGUGCUGUGAGGAUGUUAAGGGGAUGAGUGAAGAGGGGUUUGAGAGUGUCAUUAACUGGAAAGAGGUUGCUGAGCUGCUGCCAACCUUGUCAGGGGCCAGUGCUUCCCAGGGCUGGAGUGAGGCACAGGCUUUUCUCAGGGGCUCAGCAGCAAUCACAGUAUUAUCAGAAAAUCCACCCAGUUUCACCAUUACUGUGACCUCUGAGGCUGGAGAAAAUGAUGAAACUGUCCAGACUACCCUCAAGUUCACAUACAGUGAAAAAUACCCAGAUGAAGCCCCUCUUUAUGAAAUAUUCUCCCAGGAAAAUCUAGAAGAUAAUGAUGUCUCAGAUAUUUUAAAACUAUUAGCAUUACAGGCAGAAGAAAACCUUGGUAUGGUAAUGAUCUUUACUUUAGUGACAGCUGUGCAAGAAAAAUUAAAUGAAAUAGUAGAUCAAAUAAAAACUAGAAGAGAAGAAGAAAAGAAACAAAAAGAGAAAGAGGCAGAAGAAGCUGAAAAGCAAUUAUUUCAUGGCACUCCUGUCACAAUUGAGAAUUUCUUAAGUUGGAAGGCCAAGUUUGAUGCAGAACUCUUGGAAAUUAAAAAGAAACGAAUGAAAGAAGAAGAACAAGCAGGAAAAAAUAAAUUAAGUGGGAAACAGCUAUUUGAAACAGAUCAUAAUCUUGACACAUCUGAUAUCCAGUUUUUGGAAGAUGCUGGAAACAAUGUGGAGGUAGAUGAAUCCCUGUUCCAGGAAAUGGAUGACUUGGAGCUAGAGGAUGAUGAGGAUGAUCCAGACUAUAAUCCUGCUGACCCAGAGAGUGAUCUGACUGACUAAUGGACUAUCCCCAUCUACAGAGAGGUGUGACUGCCACAGCAUCUGUGGCUGUGUGGAGGUGUUGAUUUUCCUUUCUUUUUUUCUAAGAAAAAAUAAUUUUCAGGAGAAUAUUCUUCUGAUAGCUUUCAUCAUUGAACUUAAUAAACUGACCUUAAAGUUUCAAAUAUAAAAAUGUUCAGUUCCUCUUAUUGGUAGGAAUAAGGUCUAUUUGAGGAUAGGAUGCAGCUGUGCGCAGGUGUGGAUUCAUAUAUAAGGAAUUGUAAUAACUUGGGAUUUCUGUGCUGAGGACAGUGGUGGUUUAUGCUUCUGAGUACCAUCAUUAAUAUAAAAUAUUAGAAGACAGAAGUGAAGAGAACGUUAAAUCUGUGGAAUUCUAGCCUUUGGGCAUGUUAAAUUUAAACCUUUACAAAACCAGAAAGCUAAAUUAUAUUCAGGAUUAAAGUGGACUUUAGUCUUAUGUUAGUAUUUGAAUCAGCAUCCUUUAUGGAGUUAUUAAAAGGUAUGCAUUCCUAGGCCCUCCUCAAUUUAGGUUAUUAAACACUGACCUUAAUCUGAAUUUUAAAGCAGUGAGAUCUCAUGCCAGUGACACAGAUUAUUCCGUUACUUACUCCUUAGUAAGAAUCCCUGUUCUAUAGUUGUGAAAUAUAUAUUGUGUUGUUCCAGUACUUUUCUAGUUUAAACAGUCUGAAAAGAUCUGAAUUCUUGAGGUUAUACAAUGUUUGCAAGAGAACACACAUCUACAUUAAUACACAUAUGAGACCUUCUUUGUAAUAAUUUGGAAUGGUUGACAUGAGGAUUUCAGGUAGGAAAGCCAGGCUUCAUGCAAGUUAUCCAGUCACUGUAGUUUUGGAGAAUUGAAUCUUAAUCCUAACAGGAAAUUACUGUGCUAUUGCAAAUCACUGCCUUCUUUCAAAAAUGCCUAUACUACAUAUCCACAAGCACAAGCAGUACCACAUGUUUAUUUUUGGAGUUAGACCUAUUGCUAAAAUCAGAUUAUUUAAGACAAAACUAUCACUGAAGAGUAUAAUUCUUUCUCACUAGCUUUGGUUCUGACCAGUGAAAGGGAACAGCAGUAGUGUUCAGCAUUUCUCUGCAGAGACAAGUCUAAAAGUUUCUUUUGUGUGAAAAUUAGCUUUUUCUAAGGAGAGAUCCUUUCUGAAGCUGAUCAGUAGAUGCAUUAAGAACUUAAGAGCAGUUUAAUUAAGGGUAAGAUAAGCAGUCAUGAACAAUGUAGCACCGAGGUCAAUGAAGAUUUGACCUUAAAGUGUCAAGAGUGAGACUACCUUCUCCUCACACAUGAUUUUUUUAAAGUAUUAGCUUUAUAUAUUUUCUGUGGGUAUUGAAGUGGAUUCUAUCUUUGUCAUUUCAGAAUGUAGGCAGAACCUAAUGUACGGAAAUGAAGACAAAGAGUUAGUUCUAAUGGUACUCCCAAGUAUUUUCAUCUGGAAUAAAUAUUAAUGUUAAUAUUUCUUUUAUUUUCUGGGAAUUAAUAAAAGACUCUACUUCUCAGACUGGAGCACACAUGAUCCCAGGAUGUGCAAAAAGCAUGACUGGUGGUAUGUGAAGCAAUAAUUGGCCAUCUCAGAUUACCAAUUUUGCUCUUGGAUUUGGGAUAAUUUUUGCUCUGGUUUCUCUACUUAUGCUAAAUUGUAUAAGAUAUUCUAAGAUUAAAGACAUAUAAAUAUGUGUA